AUGUGUGGUGUCGGUUUCAUCUGUCAUAUCAAGGGCGAGGGCUCGCACAAGAUCGUCAGCGAUGCUCGCAAUAUCCUCUGCAACAUGACGCAUCGAGGAGCGACCGGUGCCGAUGCUCGAGACGGUGAUGGAGCAGGUGUCAUGACUGGUAUCCCCCACAGCUUCUUUGUCCGCGAGUCUGGUCACUGCUUCACCGCCAAGCUCCCCUCCGAGGGCCAUUACGCCGUCGGAAACCUCUUCUUUUCGCGCACUGAGUACGAGGCGCAGCAGGAGUCGUUCACGGAGCUCGCCAAGGAGUUGGGUUUGAGGGUACUGGGCUGGCGAGACGUCCCGACCGACAACACCAUCCUCGGUCCGGCGUCCAAGUCCAAGGAGCCGAAGAUCAUGCAGCCUUUCGUCGUGCUCGAGACCCAGUAUGGCCAGGGACAGGAGAGCCAGCACGGCAGCUUUGACGAAAAGUACUUUUUGCGCCAGCUCUACGUGCUCCGCAAGCAGGCGACCCACAAGAUGGGCGUUACCAAAGGCUUCUACAUCUGUUCCCUUACCCCCUCCAACAUCGUCUACAAGGGCCAGCUCUCCCCCGUCCAAGUCUACAACUACUAUCACGACCUCAACCACGCCCUCUACGCCUCCCACUUUGCCCUCGUCCACUCACGAUUCUCCACCAACACCUUCCCCUCAUGGGACCGAGCUCAGCCCAUGCGGUGGGCGGCGCACAACGGCGAAAUCAACACGGUCAGGGGCAACAAGAACUGGAUGCGCGCGAGGGAGGGACAUCUCAGGUCGGAGCACUUUGGCGAUGAGCUCGAGCUGCUUUACCCCAUCGUCGAGUCUGGCGGGUCCGACUCGGCGGCGUUUGACAAUGUGCUGGAGCUGUUGGUGGUCAAUGGGGUGUUGACGCUGCCGGAGGCGGUCAUGAUGAUGGUCCCAGAGGCAUGGCAGAACAAUGAUCUGAUGGAGCCAGAGAAGAAGGCGUUCUACAACUGGGCGGGGUCGUUGAUGGAGCCAUGGGACGGACCAGCGCUCUUUACCUUUUCGGACGGUCGGUUCUGUGGUGCCAACCUCGACCGGAACGGUCUGCGCCCCUGUCGGUACGUCGUCACCUCGGACAACAUCAUGGUCUGCGCCUCGGAGGUCGGGACCAUUACUAUCGAGCCGGAGCGCAUCAUUCAGAAGGGACGUCUCAAGCCGGGAAGGAUGCUAUUGGUGGACACCAAGGAGGGACGGAUCGUCGACGACCGGGAGCUCAAGAUGACUACCGCUCGGCGGCAGCCUUUCGCCUCGUGGAUCGAAUCCCAGGCUAUCCGGCUGCCCGAGGUGGUCCGUCGGGUCGCUCGUCACGAGUCAAUCGCGGUCGAGCUCGACGACACGCCACUCAGCACCGACCCCAAGCUGCUCGCUUUCGGCUACACUAUUGAGCAGCUCAACAUGCUCAUGCUGCCGAUGGUGCAGGAGGGACACGAAGCGCUGGGGUCUAUGGGUAACGACGCUGCUAUUGCUUGCAUGUCCAGCACCCCACGCACGGUAUACGACUACUUCCGCCAGCUCUUUGCCCAGGUGACCAACCCCCCUAUCGACCCCAUCCGCGAGGCCAUCGUCAUGUCGCUCGAGACGGCCGUUGGGCGCGAGGGCAACUUGCUCGAGAUGCGCGACACCCAGUGUCACCGUCUCCACCUCAAGACCCCCGUCUUGACUAUCGAGGAGGUCAACGCCGUCAAGCUCAUGGCGACGUCACACAAGGACUGGCCGGCCAUCACCAUCGACAUCACCUUCCCCAAGAAGGAGGGUCUCCCGGGCUUCCGGAACGCCUUGAACCGGGUCAGGACCGAGGCGCUCAACGCGGUCAUGGCCGGGUUCAAGGUAUUGGUCUUGUCAGACAGGAAGACCGGGCCGGACAGGGUGGCUCUUUCCGCCAUUCUGGCCUGCGGUGGUGUUCACCACCACCUCGUCCAGCAAAAGAAGCGGGUCGACACUGCUAUCGUGGUGGAGACUGGGGAGGCGAGGGAGAUCCACCACCUCUGCGUGUUGGUCGGGUACGGUGCGGACGCUGUCUGCCCCUGGCUUAUUAUGGAGGGGAUCCACAAGGUCGCCCGGGAGGGAUUGGCCAAGGACGGACAAUCCGCCGAGAAGCUCAUCUCCAACUAUAUGAAGGCGAUGGACGAAGGCAUGCUCAAGGUCUUGUCCAAGAUGGGUGUAUCCACCUUGGCGUCGUACAAGGGCGCUCAGCUCUUCGAGAUCCUCGGUCUGCACGAGGAGGUCGUCAACGAGUGCUUUGUCGGCACCGCCUCUCGCGUCCAGGGCGCCACCUUUGAGCUGCUCGCGAUGGAUGCUUUCGAGUUCCACGAGCGCGCCUGGCCGUCCCGCGAGACCAUCCAGAUCCCCGGUAUGCCCGAGUCGGGCGAGUACCACUACCGCCAAGGGUCCGAAAUGCGGAUCAACGAUCCCGUCUCUAUCGCUCAGCUCCAGGACGCCGUUCGGGAGAAGAACCAAACCGCAUACGACAGCUACUCCAAAAACUCGCGUGAGGCCAUCAAGCGGGGGACCAUGCGUGGUCUCCUCGAGUUUGACUUCGCCAACGCCACCCCCGUCCCCAUCGACCAGGUCGAGCCAUGGAACGAGAUCGUCCGGCGGUGCGUCACCGGUGCCAUGUCGUACGGGUCCAUCUCGAUGGAGGCGCACACUACCCUCGCUAUCGCCAUGAACCGGCUCGGCGGCAAGUCCAACACUGGAGAAGGUGGAGAGGACGCGGAACGUUCCCUCCCCAUCCCCGGUCCCGGUGCCGACCUGGACGGUCAGCCGUAUUCGCACGCCAUGGAGCUCAAGCCGGUCUGGGACUCGCGUCGAUCUGCCAUCAAGCAGGUCGCGUCGGGACGAUUCGGUGUCACCUCCAACUAUCUCGCGGAUGCGGACGAGCUCCAGAUCAAGAUGGCGCAGGGUGCCAAGCCGGGAGAAGGCGGAGAGCUGCCCGGACACAAGGUCUCGGCGUCUAUCGGCCGGACUCGUCACUCUACUCCCGGUGUCACUCUUGUCUCCCCUCCCCCACACCACGACAUCUACUCGAUCGAGGAUCUCAAGCAGCUCAUCUACGAUCUCAAGGCGUCCAACCCCCGCUCGCGUAUUUCGGUCAAGCUCGUCUCGGAGGUCGGUGUCGGAAUCGUCUCGUCCGGUGUCGCCAAGGCCAAGGCGGACCACAUUGUCAUUGCCGGACAUGACGGAGGGACCGGUGCGGCCAAGUGGACUAGUAUCAAGUAUGCUGGUCUGCCAUGGGAGCUCGGACUCGCCGAGACCCACCAGACGCUGGUCCUCAACAACCUCAGAGGGCGAGUGACGGUGCAGACGGACGGUCAGGUCAGGACCGGAAGGGAUAUCGCUAUCGCCACUCUGCUCGGUGCUGAGGAGUGGGGCUUUGCUACCACCCCUUUGAUCGCCAUGGGCUGCAUCAUGAUGAAGGCUUGUCACAAAAACACCUGCCCGGUCGGUAUUGCCACCCAAGACCCCGCUCUCCGCGCCAAGUUUGCCGGUCAGCCCGAGCAAGUCAUCAACUUCUUCUUCUACAUCAUCGAGGAGCUCCGGGGCAUCAUGGCCAAGCUCGGUUUCCGUACUAUCAACGAAAUGGUCGGUCGGUCCGAGCACCUCAUCGUCGACGACCUCCUCCGUACCCCCAAAACCCAACACCUCGACCUCUCUGCCAUCCUCAAACCCGCCCACCUCCUCCGUCCCGACGCUGCCACCUACCGCGUCCGCGCACAGGACCACAAGCUGUACGUCCGUCUUGACAACAAGUUUAUCGACGAGGCGGAGCCGGCGAUCCAGAAGGGUAUCCCGGUCACUAUCGACUGCGACGUGGUCAACACCGACCGUGCGCUCGGUACUACCCUCUCAUACCACGUCUCCAAAAAGUACGGGGAGGCUGGUCUUCCCCGCGACACUAUCCACGUCAACAUGCGCGGGUCGGCGGGUCAGUCGCUCGGUGCCUUCCUCGCACCGGGGAUCACCAUCGAGCUCGAGGGUGACGCCAAUGACUACGUCGGAAAGGGUCUUUCCGGCGGUCGUCUCAUCGUCUACCCCCCAAAGGCAUCCCCCUUCAAGGCCGAGGAGAACAUCAUCAUCGGGAACGUCUGCUUCUUUGGUGCUACCUCUGGUCAUGCCUUCAUCCGCGGUAUUGCUGCCGAGCGGUUUGCCGUUCGAAACUCUGGCGCCAGCCUCGUCGUCGAGGGGACCGGUGAUCACGGAUGCGAGUACAUGACCGGCGGACGGGUCGUCGUCCUCGGUCUCACCGGCCGCAACUUUGCGGCCGGUAUGUCGGGCGGUAUCGCCUACGUCCUCGACAUGGCGCACAGCUUUGGUCCGCGCGUCAACAAGAGCACCGUCGAGCUCGGCCCCGUCCAGGACCCCAAGGAAGUGGCGGAGCUUCGAUCGAUGAUCGAGGACCACCGCCACUACACUGGUUCGGAGAUCGCCGACCGGGUCCUUCGCAACUUCCACCGCUUCCUCCCCAUGUUUGUUCGUGUCAUGCCCCUCGACUACAAGCGGGUGCUCGUCGAGCAGGCGGAGCGCGAAAUGGAGGAGAAGAAGCGUCAAUCCGUCAUCGACCUCAUCCCCUCCCAGACCGCCUCGGUUGUCGACCUCGUCGCUACUGGAUAUGACCACACUACCCCUAGCUCCGGUAACAGCUCAGACUCGGAGAUCGUUACGCCCACCGGCUCGCCUAAGCAGAAGGUGCACGAGCCAACAGUGGUGGAUCUCGAGGAUGCUGCAUUGGAUGCCCUUUCGGCACCCAAGCUGGACAAAACUCGAGGCUUCAUGAAGUACAAGAGACUCAAUGAGGCUUACCGGCCUGCAAGGAAGAGGGUCAAGGACUGGAAGGAGAUCUCGACUCGUCUCACGGAGAACGAGCUCAAGUACCAGACCGCCAGGUGCAUGGACUGUGGUAUUCCCUUCUGUCAAUCGGACACUGGCUGCCCUAUCGCCAACGUCAUCCCCAAAUGGAACACCAUGAUCUUCCAGGGACGCUGGCUCGACGCGUACCACCGUCUCAUGAAGACCAACAAUUUCCCCGAAUUCACCGGUCGGGUCUGCCCUGCACCUUGCGAGAGCGCUUGCGUCAUGGCGAUCAAUGACGUAGCUGUGGGGAUUAAAAGUAUAGAGUGCGCAAUCGUCGAUAAAGCGUGGGAGAUGGGCUGGGCAGUCCCCAACCCUCCCACCCAUCGGACCGGCAAAAAAGUGGCGAUUAUCGGAUCUGGUCCCGCCGGUCUCGCCGCGGCCGAUCAGCUCAACAAGGCCGGUCACCACGUCACGGUCUACGAGCGGAACGACCGUGUCGGCGGUCUCCUCAUGUACGGUAUCCCCAACAUGAAGCUCGACAAGAAGGUCGUCCAGCGGCGGGUCGACCUCAUGGCGGCGGAGGGCGUCAAGUUCAUCACCAACGCCCACAUUGGUGUGGAUAUCGACGCUACCGAGAUCAAGGACGCUCACGACGCGCUCAUCCUCGCUACCGGAGCUACCUGGCCUCGGGACCUCAAGCUGCCUCACCGGGAGGCGGACGGGAUCCACUUUGCCAUGGACUUCUUGCAGCCCAACACCAAGAGUCUGUUGGAUUCGGAGCUGGAGGAUGGGAAGUACAUCUCGGCGAAGGGCAAGGAUGUUAUCGUCAUCGGGGGCGGAGACACCGGGAAUGACUGCAUUGGUACUAGUGUUCGACACGGAUGCAAGUCCCUCGUCAACUUCGAGCUUCUUCCCGAACCACCCACCACCCGUGCUCGGGGCAACCCAUGGCCCACUUUCGCUCGCGUUCGCAAGACCGACUACGGACACCAAGAGGCAUCUGUCUGCAUCAACGGCGGCAAGGACCCUCGGGAGUACUGCAUCUCCACCAAGUCCUUCGAGCUCGACGACGAAGGCAAGCUCCGAGGUCUCAACACUGUCAAGGUCGAGUGGACCAUGGUAUCAGGACAAUGGAAGAUGGAGGAGGUCAAGGGGUCCGAGAAGUUCUACCCCGCUCAACUUGUCCUCCUCGCUCUCGGUUUCCUCGGUCCCCAGAAGGAGCUCAUCACCGCUCUCGGCGUCAAGCAGGACCCUCGCUCCAACAUCCUCACGCCCAACGGCAAGUACUCGACCAACGUUCCCAAGGUCUGGGCCGCCGGCGACAACAGGCGCGGUCAGAGUUUGAUCGUCUGGGGUAUCAAGGAGGGCCGAGGCGUGGCCGUCGAGGUCGACACUGCCCUCGAGGGUAACUCUCGCCUGGCCAACCAGGGAGGUAUCUCGCUUCGGUCGUGGGUGCCACCACCCAUCGAGGCGGCCGGCAAGACGGAGGUGGCGGAGAAGGCACUUCCAGGGGCGGAGCAGGAUUCGGCUAGCACAGCUUCUAUUGCCGUGGCUGCUUGA